AUGUCCAAAACGAAUCAGUCCACAAACUCUUUAUCAUAUUCAUCCGAUCAUUGGGCGUUACAACCUUAUUCUUUAACUAAUUCUAACGUGAUUGCACUCGCUUAUUUUGAACAAUCGGAUUAUGCCGUCUGCAUUCAUCCCGAAGACAAACGUGGCUAUCGUUCAAUUAUACGAUUGAUCAAGAACGACCAAAUGAUAUCUACUAUCAAUCGAGAAUAUACUUCAUCAGAACGAAUUGGUCUUGCGCUAGUCAUGGCAUUGGUUACAGAGGCGUACACUCGUAUUUUGCCAAUCGCUCAAAAUGCCGUUUUGGGUAACAAUGCUCACUCGUUUGAUCCAAAAACUAGUACUAUCCAGCUAGGUACCUCGGAAGAACCGAUUUUUCUUCAUGGCCAUGUGUUUGGGCGAGGUAAUCCAAAAGAACACUAUAUUGAAAACAUUCCAUUGGAUGGUCCUAUUCCAGGAAUGAUUUUUGAUCUAAGGGCUCAGUCUCCACAUGAACCAGGCAAUGAUAAAAGCGUGAGUUGGACACCAGACGAAAUAAACAAAGUAGUUCAUCGAUUGAAAGCUGAAAUUGAUCAAAUUCAUAACACAUAUAAAGCUCAUGGUUUGACAGUCAUUACUCAAAAUCGUUUCGUAGAUAUCUACAUGGUAAGACAUGGUGAAACGGAUUGGAAUACUGCAAACAAAAUUCAAGGACACACAGAUACUCAAUUAAAUACAAAGGGAAAAUUACAAGCGCAACAACUUCAAGAGAAAUUCGCCGGCAUCGAUUUUACCAAAGUAGUGUCGUCCGAUCUAAUACGAGCUCGUUUAACCGCAGAACUAUUUCUUGGUCCUGACAAAUCAACCAUGAUCGAAACGUCGCCUCUACUACGAGAGAGAUAUUUUGGAAUAUGGGAAGGACGUUCGUUUGUUGAAUUCAAAUCUCACGUCGACCAAACUGUUAAUCUUGAUAAUAUGACACAAGAAGAAUAUGUCUCUUUCAAAUGGCACGAUACUAUUGAAAGCUAUUUUGAUGUAUAUGAACGAAUCAAAACUGUAAUCCGUUCCAUUUUGAUUUCUUCAUCGGCGAGUGAGGGUCCUGUUUUACUUUUAAGUCAUGGUUGUGUCAUGCGAGCCAUUCUAUAUAGUUUAAAAUUUCAGUCUGGAUAUCGUUGGGAAGUAGAUAAUGGUGCUUCUCUAAAACUGAGAGUACAUGCAGAUGGACAAAUCCUCCUCGCGGCUUGUGAAGGUGUCAAGAUGCACAAGUCAAACGAGAUAUUCUUCUCAUUUUGA